AUGGCGAGUAGCAAUCCGACCGCCUCGCCUGCCCCGUGGAAAAGCCUGUUUUUGGAGCAUGUCUCUAAACAGGAAGAUCCAUAUAUGGCAGUGGCAACUGUGGAGCGAGAUCCCAAGAGCGGCUCGUCGAUUCCGCGUGUGCGAUAUUGUGGUUUUCGGGGCUUCUUCGGCGAGCUCAAGCUUCACCAUUCGGCAGAGAAGCAGCUAAAAGAGGAGAAUGAACUGAACCCAUCUUUGUAUGAGUCUGAUCUUUUGGCAUUUACGACGGAUGUGCGCAUGCAGAAAGUCGAACAGUUUGGUGAUUUUGAGGGAGCGAUCGAGGUGGUCUUCUGGGUAAAGGAAGUCAUGGCCCAGUGGAGGCUGAGGGGAAAGGCUUUUGUAAUCGGCGACGAUGCGAACAAGCCCGCUGAGAGAGAAUCGAGGUCAGAGAUUUCUAAAAGCCUCAGGAGAAAACCAAAUCCCUCAGACGACUCAGAGGCAUCUGCUGAAAACUGGACUUGGGAAAAUGAAGUUACCGCAUAUUUUGCCAACCACAGCCCUAUCAUGAGAGGUUCUUUCAAAAACCCAGCACCUGGACAGCCCUUGAGCGAAGAGCCAACCGACCCCAACCUCAAGCUGGGCCAGAAAGUCACAGGGCUUCACGAUGCCAUUGCACGGGCUAACUUUCGAGUCGUAGUGAUCCGGGUUGAAGAGGUAGACAGGCUGGACCUGACCCGCACAGAGAGGGCUGUUCGGUGGAGGAUCUCUGAUAGUAAUAAAACUGGGCAAUGGGAAGAAGUGGAGUUGUGGCCGUGA